AGGAGAUGAUGAAGGAGAGUAGCAACAAGGAUAAAGAGAAAAAGAAGACUAGGAAGGGUGAUACACCAAUAAUUAAAUAUAUGAAAACUCAGGUGAAGGGACUAAGUCACGUAUCGCUGUCAGUGGUAUGUAAAGCAGUAGCAGUAAUGUCUGAGGACCUCCUGGUAGACGUUAUACCUCAGGCAUGGGAGCUUCUGCUGGAGUUUGAUAAUGAGGUCACAGCAACGGCAGCAGUCGUAUUCAUUCUGGCAGGAGUUCGAGUCCCAGUCCACACCUCUGAUGUCAUGACACGUGAACUGACUCAUCCAGAUCCCAAUACAAGACUUAAUGCAAUUCUCAGGUUUCAAGUGUUGUGGCAAUCACGAUACCAAGCCUGGCCACGGAUGGAAGAGGGAGCUCAACUCACUUUCAAGGUUCCACCUCAUGGGAUAGAAUUCACACUUCCAUCCCCCAAGAUAGGCGUGGAGUCUCUGCCAGUGGUAGACCCUCCAUGGAUGCCUCACUUCAAGACUAAUGUGGAUGAAGUCACAGUCAACCAGAUCCAGCAUGUGAGUCUCAGUAAAGAAUAUUUAGUUUUUAAAUAUUCAGUUCAGUCUUUGAUGAAAGCAUAUUUUUUUCUUUUUCUUUUUGUAAUUUCAGAGUUUGGUGGUGAGGAGGUGGAGGCAGACGUAGGGAGGGUUGGCACUCACCACGUGGCUGUGGCACAACAACUGUUCCCCUCGUGCCUGUGCUCAGCUGUCCUCACCAUCAUUCAUCUCUUGGAUGAUCCAGCUGUUACUCCGGAUGGCAUAGCUGUCUAUGAAGCAGCUCAGCAGGUUAUCUGGUCUUGUCUGGUGGAGGACUCAGCUUUAUUCCUGAGGUUUUUUCUGGAAAAGUUAACGAGGGAACGUCAAGACGUGAUGAUUCGUCUUCUUCGUCGGUUGGUUCGCUUCAUCCCCAGACUGCCCUCUCAGGCAGCCUUCGCACUGUACAACUACAUGGUGGGUUACGUUAUGUUUUAUGUGCGGAGUCCACAAGAAGCCUCACAAGAUCACAUUGCUUCUGCUCUCUCAAUACUUUGGACAGUGGUUCCUAGCAUCCAAGGGAUCCUCUUUAAGGACAUCAAACAGAUCUUCAGGAAAGAACAGUGUGACUCUGCGCUAUUAGUAACAGCCAAUGUUCCCUCUGCCAAGAAUAUCAUUGUUCAUGGCCCAGGAGGACUUGAUGGUGGUGGUAUUCCUUCUCAGGUAACCUUUGUAUCUUUUGUCAUUUAG